GCCAGCAACAGUACAGUUUGGGUCUGCUGCCUUUCUAUAACAACCAUGAAACUGUUGCUGGUGACCAUUAGUGCUGCUCUCCUGGUGGGAUCCUCCAGGGUGAACGGAGGACACAUUGGAGGCGGCGGCGGCGGCUUUGGCGGAGGACACAUUGGAGGCGGUGGAUUUGGAGGCCAUGGUGGUGGCGGGUUUGGCGGAGGCCACAUUGGAGGCGGUGGAUUUGGCGGCGGUGGCUUCUCCGGAGGCCGAUAUGGAGGACGUGGAGGAUUUGGCGGUGGUGGAUUUGGAGGCCAUGGUGGUGGCGGGUUUGGCGGAGGCCACAUUGGAGGCGGCGGGUUUGGCGGAGCAUUUGGUGGGGGUAAGGGAGGUUUCGGAGGCUCCCAUGGCGGCAUUGGUGGAGGAUUUGGCGGCGGCGGGAUUGGCGGCGGAUUCUCUGGAGGACGAUAUGGAGGACGUGGAGGAUUUGGCGGUGGUGGAUUUGGUGGUUCCCUCGGAGGGUUUAGUGGAGGAUUUGGAGGCUCCCAUGGCGGGUUUGGUGGUGGAUCUGGUUUUGGUUCUCAUGGCGGGAGCUUCGGCCGCAGCUACGGUUAAGGAAAAACAUCCUACAUUUAUUCCAGUUCUUCAACAGUUCUGACAACGAAGAUUUGACUGCUGUACCUAAUGUCUAAUUACUGGUUCUGUACUUUAUUUAUGUACCACAAAUAAA